AUGCCAGCCGGAGAAUUCCGCCACCCCUCAUCUCCCCCGCCGGCUCCCGGGUCGGAGGAUGAGGAGGAGUGGGUGUGGGCCCGGAUCAAAGCCGAGGCUCGCGACGAUGCCGAGGCCGAGCCUGCCCUGGCCAGCUACCUCUACUCAACAAUCCUCUCUCAUUCCUCUCUCGAGCGCUCACUCUCCUUCCACCUGGGAAACAAGCUCUGCUGCUCGACCUUGCUGUCAACGCUUCUCUAUGACCUCUUCCUCAACAUAUUCUCCACAGACGCCGGACUCCGCUCCGCCACCGUCGCCGACCUGCGCGCCGCCCGCUUUCGCGACCCGGCCUGCGUCUCAUUUGCUCACUGCCUUCUGAAUUACAAAGGAUUCCUAGCUUGUCAGGCUCACCGGGUGGCCCACAAGCUGUGGAGCCAAUCCCGAAAGCCUCUAGCACUGGCCCUUCAGUCCCGAAUCUCGGACGUGUUUGCAGUGGACAUCCACCCAGCAGCUCGGAUCGGGAAGGGAAUCCUCUUCGACCACGCCACAGGCGUUGUUGUGGGAGAGACGGCCGUCAUAGGGAACAAUGUCUCCAUCCUCCACCACGUCACCCUUGGCGGCACCGGCAAGCUCGGCGGGGACCGUCACCCCAAAAUCGGCGAUGGUGUGCUCAUUGGUGCCGGAGCAACUAUCCUCGGCAAUGUUAAAAUCGGUGAGGGGGCCAAGAUUGGGGCGGGCUCUGUUGUCCUCAUAGAUGUGCCGCCGAGGACGACAGCUGUCGGGAACCCGGCUCGACUGGUUGGAGGCAGGCAGCAGCCGACUAAGCACGAGGAGACUCCGGGGGAGUCGAUGGAUCAUACGUCAUUUAUAUCCGACUGGUCGGAUUAUAUAAUAUGA